CUACAGCCUGGCAUAGAUGUGUUGUUAAAUGGUACUGCACAUUUUAUUGUCCCAACCAAACCGAACAUUGAGUCAUUUACAAUGUGUUUUUGGAUAUCUUCGAAUGCAACCACACCAAAAUUGGUGAACAUUACCGUUGAAACCAAUAUGGAGAUGUCAUUGGAUGUUUUCAUUUGCCGGUCUGUUUGGAGACACAUAUGUGUAUCGUUUCCCUAUGGGGUAUAUGUGAUUUAUGUCGAUGGAGUACAGAACAAGACAGUGUAUACUGGAAAUGAACUGUGGAAGCUAAACGGUUCAGACAUAAAGCUUUCCAUCACUUCAUCUGAUCUCAUUAAUAUUAAGCUAACCAGUCUUAAUACGUGGGACGCUUUUCUCGAAGAGGACGCUAUACUAUAUAUGUCUUACAGUUGUAGAAAUCACAGGGGAAAUAUGACUAUCUGGGAGGAGUUCGUUAAGAAUAUUUCAAUGGUUACCAGUUCAAACACUUCAGUCAUUCACUAUAACAGAACAUCUUGCGAAGGAAAAAAAGGUAAAUAAUGGUAAAUAAGCAGUA